ACAGGUCAUAAUAACAUUUUCACGAAUCGACCCACGAAGGGCAAUCUUGUUAUACGACCGUCAGAGCAGGGGCAUUCGUGUAAUCGUGAAGGCGGAAACUACAAAUCGGCCGGAGUCGAGCAGGAGGCCGGCGACAAUGGAGCCCGGCUCUCCGUGGCCUUCGUCGCAAGUCUUCCUCAACGUAGGUCGGUCGAUCAUUCCAGGGGGUAAGAAAUACACCACAACAAUUGAUACACUCACGCAACGUGAGCCUGAUUCCAUGUUGGCAGCGAUGUUUAGUGGGCGGUAUACAGUUUCUACUGAUGAUAAAACGGGAAUGAUAUUUAUUGAUAGAGAUGGGAAGCAUUUUAGGCAUAUACUAAAUUGGCUAAGGGAUGGUAUCAUUCCAAUGCUCCAAGACUCUGACUACCAAGAGCUGAUACGAGAGGCAGAAUACUAUCAGUUACUUGGAUUGAUUGAAAAUAUUAAUGCAAAUCUGUGUAAUAGAAAAGAUAAAGAUGCCCCAGUGGUUGAAUUAACAGAAUUAACACGUAAAGAAGUCAUCCAAAUCAUUCAAUCUGAAAAAGUGAGGUUUCGAGGUGUGAACCUUUCUGGUCUUGAUCUCUCUAAGCUGGACCUAUCAUAUGUUGAUUUCAGUUAUGCCUGCAUACAGAAAACCAAUUUUUCAAGAGCUAAUCUCAAUAAGGCUAAGUUUGGGGAUGCUGAAGCAGGGGGUUCAAUCUUCGAAGAUGCAAACUUGCGUGAAUGUGAGCUUAUUGGAGCAGACCUUCAUCAAGCUAAAUUGGAUAGAGCUAAUCUUCAGAGUGCAAAUCUUCAAGAUGCAUGCUUAACUCAAUGUAGUCUUUGCGAUGCAGACCUUCGUUCAGCACAUUUACAGAGUGCAAAACUUAGUGGUGCAAAUCUCCAAGGUGCUAAUCUGGAAGGAGCAAAUCUGAAGGGUGCCAAGUUGAAUAGUGCAAAUUUGCAGGAUGCCAAUCUUCAACGGGCUUACCUUCGAGAAGUUGAUUUGCGUGAUUCUCAACUUGAGGGAGCUAAGAUGGGAGGCGCUAAUCUUCUUGGAGUUAUCAGAUGAUCGAGCCACGGAAGACUUACUAAGGUCUACAAUUUGUCGAGCAGAGUUCCGUACGAAGCAAGUGAUUUGAUGCUGCCCUAGUGGUGCAUAUUUCCAAAUACUCGGUGUCUACUUAAGUGGCUUGAAGAAAUUGUCCCUGAUAAUUUUUAGGCUGAUGUGGGUUGGUUUUCAUAUGAUCGAUUUAAAAAUUCACUUUUCAAAAAUGAUCUAUUUGAACUUUGUGUGACGCUUAGUACAAUACAUUUUGGUUACUAUCUUAAUAAUCAACUUAUUAAAAGGGAUCAAUUGGCGGA